AUGAGCGAUCGUCGUUUCAGUUUCUCUCAAGCGUUAAGAAUUUAUAAGAACGUUCUCAAUAAGAGAAGUGGAGAACAGCGAAGAAAUAUGGCGUGGCAAUGUGGAGGUUCAACUAAUGAAGAACUUGUCAAUAACUUAUACAACGCCAGAAUCUUUUCGAGCGAACGAGUUCGAGAAGCCAUGCUCGCUGUUGAUCGAGGAGACUUUGCAUCGUAUAUGCCGUACAAUGAUUCUCCACAGGGGAUUGGCUACCAAGCAACAAUAUCAGCACCUCAUAUGCACGCUUCCGCUUUGGAAUACUUGAAAGACCACCUUGUAUCAGGAGCAAGAGUUCUAGAUGUAGGGUCAGGAAGCGGUUACUUGAGUGUUUGCAUGGCUAUGAUGAUCGGUGUAAACGGAAAAGUGAUCGGGAUCGAACAUAUCCCUGAGUUGGUCAGACUAUCGAACAACAAUACGAAUAAGCAUCACCGUAAUCUAUUACAAACAGAACGACUUCAAUAUGUGGAAGGAGAUGGACGAAAAGGAUAUGCUCAGGGAGGCCCAUACGAUGCAAUCCACGUCGGAGCAGCAGCUGAAACAAUUCCCAAAGCAUUGAUUGAUCAAUUGGCCGAAGGUGGAAGGAUGCUCAUUCCUGUUGGAAGGGAAAACGAUGGACAGGUCUUUCUCCAAGUGGAUAAAAUUAAUGGACAAACAACCGAGAAUGUAAUCGAGCAUGUUAUCUACGUGCCCCUAACCAGUAAAGAACAUCAGUUGGAAAAAGAGUUUUGA